CCAGGUCCUCGCGUCACGUGGUUCUGUACGGGAGAGGGAAAGAGAGUUUUGGAGUUUCUUGACGGAGUUUUGACAAAAAGAAUGGUUGGGAUCGUGCGUCUGCUUGUUGCAAUCAGCUCGCUGACGCUGCUGGUGCGAGCAGCGCCCUCCCCGCCCAAGUACGUGGAGCUCUAUACGGAGCAAAUGGUGGAUCAUUUCAACUACGAGCUCCAAGACACGUUCAUGGAGAGAUAUUUCUUGUCCAACGUGUACUGGAAGGGAAGUGGGCCACUGUUCUUCUACACCGGAAACGAGGGGGCGAUCGAAGGGUUCUACGACAACACCGGUUUCCUGUUCGAACUGGCGGAGAAUUUCAGUGCCCUGAUCGUUUUUGCCGAGCACCGCUAUUACGGAAAGUCCUUGCCGUAUGGAGAAUCAACGUUUACCCUGAGCCACAUUGGGUACCUGACAGCUGAACAGGCUCUGGCUGACUAUGCUGUACUCAUAUCACGUCUCAGGACGCAGUACAGGAUCUCAAAGGUCAUCAGCUUUGGAGGAAGCUAUGGAGGGAUGCUGUCGGCUUGGUUCAGGUUUAAGUACCCAAACUCUGUGGAUGGUGCUCUGGCUGCCAGUGCCCCCAUUUACAUAGUGGCGAACCUCACGUCUCCUUACGCUUUCUUUGGCCUCGUCACACAGGACUUUGAGAAGGUGGAUAGCAGGUGUCCACUGUAUGUCAGAGAGGCCUAUGCUGAGAUUGAUACUCUGGCAGCACAGGGAGAAGAGGGUCUGAAGCAGAUUACCGAGGCAUUCGAAUUAUGCAGUCCGCUCACUUCGGACAAGGUUUAUCUCAAGAAUUCCUCAAAAAACAUUCACACCUCCUUCCUGGCCCCUCUGCCUGCCUACCCUGUCACCGUGGCCUGCAACUCGCUGGUGGCUGCCGAGAGCAAACUCCACGGACUAGCUCAGGCUGCAGAUAUCAGUACAGCUUCCAAUAUCAUCUUUUCCAACGGAGAUCUGGACCCAUGGAGUGUGGGUGGGGUGACAGAGAGUUUGUCAGAGAGUCUCACAGCGAUUCUGAUAAAGGGAGGAGCUCACCAUCUUGAUCUGAGGUUCAGUAAUCCGGCAGACCCACCAUCGGUCAUAGAGGCCAGGGAGAAAGAGAAGGAGAUUAUUGCUGGAUGGAUCAAGUCCUGA